CGUCCACCCAAGCUGACAUCUACCUGAGGUCAUCAGAGACUCACGGUCGUUAUCCAUCCCUCUCGUCGCCACCACCACCAACAACUUGUCCCUCUUCCCUCCCCUUUGUCACCCUUUGCGCGACUUGUCGUUUGCGCAUCUGCAACUCCGCGCUCGGAAGCUUCGGACGAAGGACCUUCGCAUCUCCCACCCAGUCAGGAUUAGACGCGCCUCAGUCGCCUCUAAGCUGCGUCGCGCCUUUUUUCGUCCUUUCCUCUACCUCCAAGUCGAGUGACGGCUGGUAGUCGACACCGCCGCACGUCGUUGAUCCCUUCAUCCAUCCAUCCUCAAUUCUUCUCAUCCACCUCUGCCGCGCCAGCCAUGGCAUCCGUACUCAAGUCCUUUAAAGCCAACGCGGCCUCAGCGCCCACUGGAGCUUCCACCUUCUUCAAUGCCAAUGCAUCUUCAUCAACAUCCUCGUCAUCACUGCUGGGCUCAUCCACUCUCGCCAAGCUCUCACCUUACCUGGACUACCUGUCCCUACCCUCCCUCAAGGGCGCUUCCGCAACCUCGACGCUCUUCACCCUCUUGGCAAUUGCAGCCACUAUCCUCGUUCUCGAGCAGAUCCAGUACCGCCAAAAGAAGCGUGGCCUGCCCGGAGCGAAGUGGACCAUUCCUAUUAUUGGAAAGUUCACAGACUCGCUUCACCCUUCGCUGGAGAAGUACCAGGCUGGAUGGAACUCCGGACCUCUCAGUGUGGCGAGCGUAUUCAACAUCUUCAUUGUCGUGGCGUCAUCGACGGAGCACACGCGCAAGAUCCUCAACUCACCCACCUACGCCGAGCCCUGCCUCGUAGCGUCGGCCAAGAAGGUGCUGUCGCCCGACAACUGGGUAUUCCUCAACGGCAAGGCGCACGUAGACUACCGAAAGGGCCUCAAUACCCUCUUCACUCGCAAGGCCCUCGGCAUCUACCUCGGCAUUCAGGAGAGCAUCUACAAGCAGCACUUUUCGUCAUGGAUGAAUGACCCUUGCCCUACCCCGCAGCGCUACAUGAUGAAGUUCAGGGAUCUGAACAUGGACACCUCGCUCCGCGUCUUUUGCGGUGACUACAUCCCCGAGGAGGGCGCCAAGCAGGUCUCAGACAACUAUUGGCUCAUCACCGUCGCCCUCGAGCUCGUCAACUUCCCCUUUGCCUUCCCCGGCACCAAGGUCUACAACGCCAUCAAGGCGCGCAAGAUGGCCAUGAAGUGGUUUGAGCUCACCGCUCGCGAGUCAAAGAAGCGCAUGGCUGCUGGCGGCGACGUGACUUGCCUGACCGACGCCUGGAUCAAGGCCAUGAUCGACGCUCGUGCUGCGAAAGACAACGCCGACCUCGAGCCAGAGCAGCGUCGCCUCCUGGUCCGCGACUUUUCAGAUCGUGAGAUCGGCAUGGUUCUCCUCUCUUUCCUCUUUGCCUCACAGGACGCCAUGUCUUCGGGCGUCACCUACCUCUUCCAGCACAUGGCGGACCGUCCCGACAUCCUGCGCAAGGUCCGCGAGGAGCAGUACCGCAUUCGCGGCGACGACGUCAACGCGCCCUUGACGCUGGAGCAGGUCGAGGAGAUGGAAUACACGCGUGUAGUGGUCAAGGAGUCGCUACGCCUUAAGCCGCCAGUCAUCAUGGUUCCCUACGUGGCGCACAAGGAGUUCCCCAUCGACAAGAACUACAAUGCGCCCAAGGGCAGCAUGGUCAUCCCCUCCUUCUGGAACUCACUGCACGACCCCGAGGUAUACCCGAACCCAGACGACUUCAUCCCGGAGCGAUGGCUCGCAGGUCCCGACUCGCCAGCGGAGCGCAACCCAAAGAACUGGCUCGUCUUUGGAUCUGGCCCGCACAACUGCAUCGGGCAGCAAUACGCGCUCAUUCACUUGACCGCUGUGCUGGGCUCUGCGGCGGUAACGAUGGACUGGGAGCAUCAGGUGACGCCGUUGAGCGAGGAGGUGGAGGUGAUCGCGACCAUCUUCCCCAAGGAUGGGGCGCUCAUGAAGUUCAGGCCGAGAGCUGCGCCUGUGCCAGGGACAAGCCCUGAGGUGGCCGCUGCAGCGUAGCGAGUGGCAGCGAGUUUGGGCUGGUGGAGGGAGGGGCAUGGCAUGACUGCUCGCCCGUCGGAGUCUUAGCAUAGACUUGACCAUAUAUCUUUGUGCACGCUCGCCGACUCGCUCGGGGCGACACUCGUUCUCUCUUUCCGUUGGACACGUCAAUUUGCAUCACGCUUGCAACCAGUAGCAUUGGUUUUGGCAUUCAAGUACAGUACGCCGUGCGUUGCUGGUGGAUCAGCUUGCACUGCAUCAACGAUGCUUAUGCCAGAUGUCGACGAAUGCGGGGGCGUGAGGUAGCCUGUCAGGCCACUCACAGUCAUCAUGACGACCGAAAAACUUGCAAGAAAACGAUUUUGGGUCCUGUUUGGCAUCUGCCGUGUUAUUGCAAGCUCCCCAAUAGAAGUCGUG